AUGCGCAGGUCUAGCACGGAUGAAUCUACCUAUCACAGGAGCCCUUCUCUGGACAGCAAGGAUUACAGUUUUCCAAAUGGCGCCUUCCGUCGCUACAGCAGCAUGUACGGCGGCCAGUAUGGGGCCACGAGCAACUCUUUUUUUGGAUUCCACACCAACCCAGGCCCUAAGGCCACCAAGGCUAAGUACACGUCCCCCAAGGGGAACAAGUAUGUGGUCUUUUACCUGGAUCUCUCCUUUAUUUUUCUUCUAGAGCUGAAGAGGUGCAGCAUGGCUCGCAACUGCCUGCAGUGCAUUAAGUACCUCAUGUUUGUCUUCAACCUUCUCUUUUGGCUGGGAGGCUGUGGAAUCCUUGGAGUUGGCAUAUGGCUAGCUGUUACUCAAGGAAACUUUGCCACUCUGUCUUCUUCCUUCCCUUCCCUGUCAGCGGCCAACUUGCUGAUCGUCACAGGGACUUUUGUAAUGAUCAUCGGCUUUGUGGGGUGCAUAGGAGCCAUCAAAGAAAACAAGUGCCUCCUGCUCAGUUUUUUUAUCAUGCUGUUAAUUAUAUUCGUGCUGGAGCUCACCGUCGUGAUUCUCUUCUUUGUGUACACCGACAAGAUUGAUAAGUAUGCUCAGCGGGACCUGAAGAAAGGGCUUCAUUUAUAUGGAACUGAUGGAAAUAUUGGCUUAACUAAUGCAUGGAGCAUCAUACAAACAGAUUUCAGAUGCUGUGGAGUGUCAAACUACACUGACUGGUUUGAAGUGUACAACACAACACGGGUGCCAGAUUCAUGCUGCCUGGAGUUCAGUGAGAAUUGUGGGCUUCACUCCCCAGGGACCUGGUGGAAAGCACCUUGCUAUGAAACAGUGAAAAUAUGGCUUCAGGAAAACCUGCUAGCAGUGGGGAUUUUUGGAUUGUGUACAGCUUUGGUUCAGAUUCUUGGACUGACAUUUGCAAUGACAAUGUACUGUCAGGUUGUCAAGGCAGAUACCUACUGUGCAUAAGAACCAUUGCCUGAAUCUACCAGCCCUGUCUUUCCUCCCUACAAGAUGCAAGAGGACUCUUCAUUCUCAUUUUUUUCUAUGUAAAAUAAACUGUGUAUAAUUCUCUCUAGAGAUUUUGUGAAUCACCCUAGUUUAUCAAUCACCAUCAUACAAAAGGGGAAAAAAGGAAACAUCAAGGAACUCAGACUUGCUCAGCAAAAGAAAAUUGUCUAAGUAACAAGAAAACUUUUAAAAAGACGAAAUUGCUCCCUUUUGCACGGAUUAUGACAAGAGUGAAGAGGUUGUUUAAGUUUUUCCCCUAGAAGCUGCUGGUCAAUAGACAUUUUCUAGACGAUUGGGUCCAGCAAAUCAUAGAAGUACAGAGUGAAGUUAUUUGUCAACAUGGGUGUACAGGAUGCAGAAUAACUCAGAAGUAUAAUUUUACUGCAGUUUGUCCUUGUAGACAACUAGAGCAUCAAAUCAAGGAGCAUGCUUCUGAACUCUUGAGAUUUUAUCAUUGGGAAUGGGACAGCUUCAGGAAAGUUUUUUU